CAUGCUCCAUGUGUUAUCUACCUGCACCUUCAAGAGGAGCCUGACAAUGAAAUGAUUCCACAUGGAAAACAGACUGAAUCCAGGGGAGGAGAACCAGCAAAUGCCUCUGAUCACCAACCAGCCUGUCCACAAGACAUUCAUGCUGUGCUGAGAGAGAUGACUGCCUUGUUGGCUGAACAGAGGGUGGAGAUCAGGCAGCUACAGAGAGAUAAUGAAGCACAGGCAGAAAAGCUGGAGGGACAAAGGACUGAGGUGAACAACUUGAAGCAACAGCUACAAGCCAAACAGGUGGCUUUCUCUGCCUCUCUGUUGGCUUCAGGUGAAGGAACAAUCGGACCGAUUAACGCACACACUCUUCUGGUCUUCAGACGUGUUGUCACAAACAUUGGAAACGCCUACAACCCAAACACAGGGUUUUUCAUUGCACCAGUGAGAGGAGCCUACCACUUCGAGUUCUACAUCGGUGCAGGUGGACAUAAUUCACAUGCUACAGGUGCUUGGUUGGUCAAGAAUGGAGAACAUAUUUGUAUUGCAUGGGCACAUCAAAGUAACUUAUAUGGGAGUUCUGCCAAUGGCGCCACACUGCUUCUAGAGGUUGGAGAUGUUGUGUUUGUGCGUCAGUAUCACAACACAAGGAUAUAUGACAAUGAAAAUCACUUAAGCACCUUCAGUGGUCAUCUGCUUUUCACCAUGUGA